AAUUAUUCCAAGUGCAUAAGUGUUGUCUUUAAUGACAUCAGUGGCAAACAGAAACAAUCUGCAAAUUAUGUGUUUUGUACUGUAUAUAUUGUCCAAAUUCUUUCCUUUUUAAUUUAUGGAUAUUUCUCCAUGCCUCCUCCCAGUGGUAAACAGGUAAGGAAUACAUCAAAACAGACUUAUUUUAAUAUAUUUCUGCUGUACUAUGAACUGUGGUGUGUACCACCUCCUUUGUCUGUUUAACUGUUCAGACAUCCAAUUAUUGGUUUAAUGGAUGCAGAACAUGACAUUUUUACAUACAGCAAUAUCAGAGUGAGUGAUGAAAGUUCAAACAAAUUCUAGGAUUGAAUUACAGAUGUUUUGACUUUUAUGGUGGCCUCCAAAUCAGUUUUAUCUACUUCAGUAUUUGUUUCGUCUCCCAACUAAGGCUUACCUAUUUCAAAUCGAGAUUUUUGUCUUUUUUACAUGUAAAUAUUCCAGGCUUUUGACCUACGGUGCAUAGUUGGUCCAGAUGCUUGGAGAUAUUUUGUACAGCCCAUAACACAUCAUCAUAUAUUUUUAAAAUUUGUAAUAGAUGUCUGCAGCUGUGGACUAAAGUUAAUAAUUGUUUUUGAACCCUGUAGGUUGAAUGAAUAGAUGUGAACUCUGUUGUCAUUUCUUACUGACUAGUGAGAAGUGCAUGAAUAAAUCAACUCUACGGUGGUGGGAUGGCUUUCCAUCUUUGAAGCCAGUUAAUCAUUUCAGUUUUCAUACCUCAGUCAGUUGCAGUCCCUUACUGCUGAGUGUAAAAGUAAUAUUCCAGAAGUAAAGGUUUAUUUUAACUGUAGAAGAUCUGAUACAGAAGAGCCCAGUUAUAUUUCAGAGGUAUAGAUAUCUGUCACUAUUCUUAUGCUGAACUUUGUGGUCAUUACAGCUAUAUGAGGGAACAUUUCGAUCUAAGUUUGGUUUCAGAAUGUGAAAUAAUUGUUAGCUAAAAUUGGUUUCAUAAAGAUAUUAUUUGAUGGUUUAGUAUUCUGGAGGGCAGCAGAGAACAAAAUCUGUUUAGAUUCCUAACACACUUGCAGGAUAUUGUUAGAGGAUAAUGUGGCAAAUCCCAAAUCUUCCCCAUACACCUUCUGAACUGAUACAGUGUCUGCACAACUCCAAGUUAUACUGAAAGGGAGAAAGAGAAGUCAGGUUAAAAUUGAAAGCAGGUUUAUUAUUAUUUAAGUAAAUCAUUGUCAAUUAGUGUUCUACGGUUAAGUGUUUUCAGGAUUUACAGUUAUGCAGGAUCCACAAAGAUACCCUUCCUUUGUGUCAUACAGUUGUCACGAAUGAAUGGAACUGAUUUCCUGUAUUCCCACAUACAUUUGCCCUUAUUGCAUUUGUGUGUUGUUUCCUCUGAUCUGUUUGUGUAGAAAACAUUUGGGUUACCUUAUUUUUUUAAUUUAAUUCCUAAAAAUUUAUUCAUUCUAGACCAUCCUGGAAACUGUCUUUGUUAGCAGACCCAGCAAAGUCGUUUCAGUAACGAGUAUUUAAAAGAAAGUCAGAAAUUAAGUGUGAUUUUCCUUUUUGUGAGCAAUAAAAUACUUUUUAAAAAAUCAAAUUUGUCAUUUUAUUGCUUUUCGGGCACUUUUGUCCAAACUCCAAAAUAUAACUGUACUAAGACUUACAUGCUGGGUUCGUUCUGUGAGCGGAUUGGUGAUACAUUCAUCUCGAUAACCGAGACCGAUGUUUGUGCUAUUAUUUAUUAUUGAAGCUGAAAACUUUAAGCGUUCUGUAAAUACACACCCGAAAACUCCUGUACAACAGUGUAGUGAGCAAUUGAAUGAUAUUCCAGGAUUUUGUGGAUACAUUAUGUAGCGACGUUGGUUAUCGCGCAUUGACAACCCGGUGAGUGUUUUUUCCCGAUAAUCUGUUUAUGCUGCAGCAAAUGGCUGUUUCAUUGAACAGUAUGUAAAUUUUCUGGUUUUGGCCGUGGUAGCAUCAUUCGCCACCAUAAGACUUUAUAGCAGUUGAUUGGGUCUUAAGGAACGGCAAAAAAUUAACAAAUUGUUACUUUUAAACCAGGCAUGUGAUACAUAAUCGUUGAAUUGAUGUGUGAAAUUAUAUUACUACGUUCGUAUCCGGUUCGAAGUCUUAUAUUUGAAAGAUAGAUUUAUUCAGUCAUGUUUAAAGUAUACAUCGUACUUGUCAAAAUAUAAUCGAAUUAACUGCAUUGCACAGUUUGUAUUGAAAAAUUAAUUCUGAAGACUUUAGUGGAGUUAAAUAUUGAAACGACUAGAGACGUGCUAGUUCCGGAGUCAUCGGCAGCCAUUUUAUGUUGGAUAUGUUCGUCGUUUAGUUGCGAGUUGAGGUCAGGAAGAUGGUGAAGUCUGAGGACAACAGAAGCGAACCUGAACAUGUUCGGAAAUUAUUCAUCGGUGGGUUGGAUUAUAGGACCACCGACGAUUCGUUGAAAAAACAUUUUGAACAAUGGGGGGAAAUUGUGGAUGUGGUUGUCAUGAAAGAUCCUCAGACCAGGAGGUCAAGAGGUUUUGGCUUUAUUACAUAUUCUCGGGCGCAUAUGGUUGAUGAUGCACAGGCGGCUAGGCCACACAAGGUUGACGGACGAGUGGUUGAACCUAAACGCGCCGUGCCCCGUACGGAAAUUGGCAGACCAGAGGCGGGUAUGACAGUGAAGAAGCUUUUUGUUGGAGGCAUAAAAGAGGAAAUGGAAGAGGAAGACUUGAAAGAUUAUUUCUCUACGUUUGGAUCUGUUACAUCUGUUGCUAUUGUUGUUGAUAAAGAUACACGUAAAAAAAGGGGGUUUGCAUUUGUGGAAUUUGAUGACUACGACCCAGUUGACAAAAUAUGUUUGUCACGGAAUCACCAGAUCCGAGGUAAACACAUUGAUGUGAAAAAGGCAUUGAGCCGUGCAGAGAUGGCUGCAAUGGGAGGUCCAGGUGGAAUGGGUCGUGGUGGAAAAGGUGGUUUGGGUGGCAGAAGUGGUAUGGGAGGUGGAAUGGGUGGAGGUUGGGGAGGGAGAGAUGGAGAUUGGGCUGAUGAUGGCUUUGGUGGCGGUGGUGGAGGACGAUGGGGAGGUGAUGAUAUGUGGGACCAGCCGAGAGGAGGCGGUGGAAGUUGGGGAAGUGGCAGUGGGUAUGGUGGAGGGGGUGGUGGUGGAAAUUGGGGGGAUGGUGAUAGAUUUGGUGGUGGCUAUCAGCAAGGUUAUGGAGGUGGUCCUAUGAGGGGAGGUGGUGGUGGUUAUGGUGGGGGCGGUGGUGGUUAUGGUGGGAGUGGUGGUAGCGGCAGUGGCAGACCUGGUCCAUAUUCCAGUGAACGUUACCGUGGAGGGGGAUAUGGUUCCGGUGGUAGUGGUUAUGGUGGUGGAUCAAGACGCUAUUAACUACAAUUCUGCAUUUGACAUGCACACAGGAGUACAUAUCAGGUUCUGCAUAGGGCUAGCAGAGAGAGAGAGACAGACAGACAGAGACUGGGGUGUACAGUCAUUCAGGCUAGCAGUAACGGGCAGACAGGCCGUCAAAGAGCAGGGACAGUGUACUCACAGGACUUCAGUGCAGUUCUACGUAGUUAGCUGAAAGCCAGUAUUGGAGAAUUCAGGUUACUUCGUGCCAGUUUUAUUUAUACAGCUAGUCCUAUCUGUGAUAGUAAUUUUAAGUAUAUUUUUUCCCUUGUACAAGAAAGUUAAUGCUAUUCAUCAAAAUAUAUACAUGUUAGACAUUUCAGAAGCAAUUGCUUUCCACCGUAUUUCCGUUAAGUGACCAAUGAUUGUUAGUGUAGUUAGGUGAUUGAAGUAAAUGUAGUAGUUUCUUUGAUAAGCCAAAGCAAGAGAGAGAGAGAGAGCCAUAGUAACAGUUGUUUUCAGUUGUUUUACUGUUUCAGAAUAAGUUAGAGAUUAUAGAUUCCCCCUGUUAAUGUAAAAUAAUGACCAUGGUGGUUUUAUUUACAUAUGCAUUAGGAGUAAGAAGUAACAGGCUGAAUUCUGUAAUAUGUCAAGUCAGCAGCUGGAUGCAAAAUAAAGUAUUAUGGGAUUUUCUGCAGAGUAUUUUGCAGAAGGCUAUUUUGUAGGAUCCUGUAAGCGGUUGGAUAUGUUGGGGGGGGCAACUUUUGUAGAAUAAGUUCAACCAGGACAACAUAAUUCAGUUAUUUUGUUGUGAAUUACCUGAUUUAAUUGAUUUGUUUUUGUUUUUUUUGUGCACCUUUUCCCUUUUCCUGUUCAUGCUAAUUACCUCACGUUUUGAUCUUUUGAAGAUUGUCAUGUGAGCUACAGCUACUCAUCCUACCUGUUUAAAUAUUUAAAGUUCAAUUUGUGUGACUCAGAAUUAAUUGAGGCUUGCUUUAAUAUGAAUUUGACAAUUUAGUUUAUAAAUGUUAAUUAUGUAUAGAGGAAUCAUUCCAAAUUUUGUUGUGAAAAUAAAAAAGAAAUUGAAACCAUG